GUGAUGAUAGUAUUUAAAAUGCUAAUGUGUCAAUCAAAACCAAUCGUGACGCUUUUACGAGUUGCCUUACGGGCAGAUUUUGUGUCGGUUUUGCAGAAUAGCAAGGAAAUAAAAGCAAUUUACGAAUGGCACAUCAACUUCGACAACAAACUCAUUUCGUUGGUUUUGGGAGCAGCGACUUUGGUGGGCGUUCUCAUUCCCAUAUUCGGCGAUGUGAACUGCUACCAUUAUUUCAAGGAACACGCCAGAAAGAACAUUACCGAAAAACCUCUGUUGGUGAACUAUUGGUAUCCGUUUGAUAGAAAUAAAUUCUAUACGGGAAUUUUGAUAGAUCAGAACAUUCGUCCGACCCUUGCGAGCGUUUGCAUUGCCAUAGUGAGCGCGUUCGUGAAUAGCAUCAUCAUUUUCAUAAGACUACAACUCAAACUGCUGCAGUACAGUUUUCGGAACUUCCACAAGCUGCACCACGAAGUGCGGAGCACGUCUCACAUCUUAAAGAUCCUCUGCUUUAAGCACCAGCAACUCAUCAAAUACGUCGAAGACUUGAACGAAUCCUUCAGAACUAUCAUAUUUUUAGAGUACCUGGUGUCUUCGAUUUCGUUCGCGUCGCAGCUUUAUCGGAUAACCGUGGGAUCCAGACCAUUUUGAAUAUUGAUUUAUAUGAUC